CGCGGGGCGAUCGAUGCGCGCCCGGGGGGAGUCAGUCGAGCGGCGAGCGAGCGACAUGGCGGCGCGCCCACCCCGCGCGGCGGCCCCGCGGCCCGGGCCGCGCGAGUAGGUCGCCAUGCGCGAUGCGGUAUGAGGCAGCGCCGCGCCCGGCGGGCCGGCCCCCGCUAGCGGCGCCGCCCCCGCCAUGCGAGCGCCGCCGCUGCUGCUGCUGCUGCUGAUGGCGGCCGCGGGCCUGGCCGUGAGUCCGCUCGCGCGCCUCAACCCCUGGCUGAGCGCGUGCGACCUGGAGGAGGAGGGCGCGGGCAGCGUGCGCGAGUGCGGGGGCGCGGCGUGCGGCGGCGGCGGCGGCGCGCCCGACGUGCUGAAGGAGCGCGACGUGCCGCACCUGUGCGCGCUGAGCACACCUGCACGCGCGCGGCGUCUCGCGGAGCUGCGGCUGCGCGCGUGCUGCGAGCGGUCGCCCGCCUCCGCGCUGGACGCCGGCGCGCGUCACGCCGUGCUCUCCGACCAAAAAAGUUGCGAGCGCGCGCUGCACGACCUCCUCGGUCUCGACGCUAUGGUUGCGCGCGUGCACUGCGAUUUCGUCGACAUCCUCAGAAGAUACGAUUGCGACCAGCCUUACUCCGUGCACACGUGUCACGAGUGCCAGGAAACUUAUCGACGUUGGGCGUGCAGUACAAUGGUGCCAUUGUGGGUGGAAGAAGGGUCAGAAGAAGGCAGCGAAGAGACGGGCAGGUCGCGGCGCGCGCCCGCCGAGCACGCGGCGCGGUGGCACGCGCGGCACCUCGAGCGCGUGGGGCACCUGGACCGGCGGCGCGGCGGCGCGGGCGGCGUCGUGGGCCGUUGGGUGCGCGCUGCCGCCGCGGGGCCCGGUCGGCCCCUAGUCCGCCUCAAGCCUUGCCUUUCCGUCUGCCAGCUCGUCGAGCAACACUGCCCCUACUUCCUGCCGGCGGAUCGCGCGCCCGCGUACCCCACGCAAUACGCCGGCGAGCCAACGUUCCUAUGUCUCGACCCGCGUAUCCCGGAGACGGGUGCGCAGGCGAACAAGUCCAACUACGGGCGGGACGAGUGCUGCUACUGGUAUUGCGAGGGGAGGCUGUGCUACCGGUGCGAGCUGCGGCUGAGCGAGUCGCAGCGGCCGGAGGCAGAGCGCUGCCCGGCCGUGGAGGAGCGCGUGGCGGGCUGCUCGGUGCCGUACCAGGCGGCGGCGGCGGGCAGCGCGCCGCGCCCGCGUCCGCGCCUCCUGCUCGCGCUGCUGCUGCUCGGCCUGGCCGCGCACGCACGGACCCACUGGACCGCGGCCACGCGUUUAGUGAAAGUGCGCGAUUCGAGGUUAUAGUUUUACGUUAACGUGCGUCGCACCCGCGCGUCCUGCGAUCGCCGGCCAGCGAUCGGAACCUCUGUUAGUGCAGAACUUAAUAUAAUAAAUAGCGUGCGGUUACGAGACCGACGAGCGACGCGAGCCGCCACCGCCGCCGCGGCCUACACACACUCUCUAACUAAUAUUUGUGUCCGCUCGUUGGUUACACUCGAAGUAUGGAAACACCAAAUGUUCACUCAUGAAUUACUUUAUGCAUUUAACUCGUAAGCGCUGUUUGCCGAUGUUCCGGCCAAUAUGUUAAUAUUUUUGGCACGAUUUGUAAACAAAGAUACAUGUUUUGCGUUAAGCGAAGAUGUUGCGUAUAUUUUACAUAGUGUUUUACAGUUAUAUUGUUCAUAAGAUACACAGUUUAUGUUCUAUAUUAUAUAUUAUGCUGACUAGUUUAUUACCUACAUGACAAGCAAUACUUACAAAAAUAGCUAGAAAACAAAACUGCGAAAGGUCACUCAUAGAGUUUCAACCAAUGUACAAGUACUUACUUGGGUACAUUUGUACGAAGCGUUAUUUGCAUUAGGGUAACGUGUGAUGUGUUUUAUACUACAUUAUUAUGUAGAACAAAUACCUGAUGCAAUAAAAUAAUUAUAAAUGUAUGUGCCAUAAUUGAAAGCUUUGACAGAUUGAGAAACUCAGCAUUCUUAUAAGCCGUCGUGCGACGAAGAGUAGACCUAAAGUUCUUGGAUCUGCAAUCGUACCUUAAUUUGUAGGGCACGAAGAUAACGUGACAAAUUUCGGGGACGUGAUCUGGACGGCAGAAAUCUACUCUUCCGAUCACGCCACAACACGACGAUAACACAGAUGAAAUGUUUUUUAGAGAGUUAUUUUUGUAAUGUUGCACAAGAGCAGUGAGUGCGUCGGCGCCGCGGAGACAGCGCGACAUGCGUCAAUGUGUCGCCGCGGCGUCGCCGUCCGCACGUCGAUGCCUAAUUAAUAGUGACUACAUGAUUAUGUAUAAAUGAAAUAAUAUAGGAUUAAUAAAGUAGUUGUUGUUUUGUAAGAAGUAAAAUAUUAUGAAUAAUGCAUAUAAUGAAAGUUAUAUGUAAUAUAUUCCGUCUUAUGAUCUAACGUUUUGGUAACACAGAAUGGUUGAAAAUGAUUUUUAUAUGAAUUGAUUUUUAAUAUAUAUUAUUGUAUAUGUAUAUCGUGUCGACUAUUGAUAAUGGUAAAUGACCUUCAUCAUAUUGUUGUUUCAACAUUUAUAGGUAACAACAUUUGUUAGUUUUGUUUUAUUUUUGAAGAAUAUUAGAAGAGUAUCGUUAAACAUUGUGUGAUGAAAAGAGCAUAAUUUAAUGGUUAUUAAGACUUUAUUGAAUGAACAUUUGUUGAGAAUAUUGCCCUCGGAAGGCAUGUAGUUGUUGUAUUCAAAUAAAUGAUAAUAAUAUUAAGUAAGUUAUUUUUUACGUUUUUAUCGUGUGUACAUAAUGUCAAAAACGGUUUGUUGUUUCCACUCCCAUACUUAAUCGUCGUCACCGAAGGUGCUAAAGGUCUAUUAACGCUUCUUAAGACUUGGUUUGUGUCAACUUCCAAUACGAGGUGAUCCGUUUGUCUGUCCAUGCGACGCGGUUACUAGCGGCCGCGCGGCCAGCCAGGCGGUACUUUCACAGUCUCGGCAAUACUGAUGCCUCACACUCAUAUCACUCGACGUUUACAAAACUUACCUACAGAAGCUAUCAUCUAUUUUCAUAGUAUUUUCAAGUGAGAAUAUUCCUUGAGUAAAGUUCACUACGUAGACUAGGAGUAUAGUAGGUGGUGUGAGCAAGUGGUGACAAUAGAUCAGUGAGUCGUUAUUGUUUCAGUCGAGUAUGUUCGCUCGCGCUCCUCAGUGCCUUCACUCGGGAAGUGGCACCACACUGCGCGCAUACCUGCCCGGUUGUUUAGCUGCCAGGAAUCACUUCAUGCUCCAUGCUCCAUCACUGGGAACGGUAGAGUAGUCUCGCCAUCGCGUUGUUCACUAACAUUCGGUAUCCGCAGUUGAAAGUAAAAUGUUGAGAAUCAUAGUGUUAGUCUCUUCAAGAGAGUUUAUAGUAGGUAUUAGAGUUCGAGAGAUGUUAACAAUAAAAAGUUUGAAAUCGAUUGUUUGCUAUUCAUUGAAUACAGAUAUUUUAACACUUUAUUGAGGUUCAUGUCAUAAAUUGAUACCUAUUGUUUGUAUAUUCACAGAUAUAUAAAUAUUUACAUGUUUGGUUUCAUAUUUAAUCUAAGAGUCUAACUAGAAUAUCUAAAUAAGGAAAGUUUCCGGUAAAUUCAUUUCAGAGAGUCGGGUCUUAAUGCACAUACAUUUUAUUAAAGUAACCAGCAACGUUGUGCGAGUUGUACGUCGCCCUACUGCGUAGGUGCUCCUUCAUGGUAUCAACGUGUAUCUAUCUUAUAUAAAUUAAAUUAUCAAAAUGUCUAAAAUUUAGUAAUAGAAAAUGAAUUACUAGAACAUAAUUAAUUGGAUCAAUUUCGAGCACUCGUUAAAACUUACACAUUGACCGUGCAUUUCUUCUUGUGGGUGUCGCCACUGUACACUAUCGAUGUCUUCACUCGUUCACUUUAUUAGAGUAGAAGAUAGUGAAAGACCAAAGAGAGGAGUUCGGUUCGGAUGUUAAGUACUGAUGCUUUUCAUUUGUCAACUGUUCAAUAACGACAAUCAUCUCGCAGCCCCGCAAUGUAUGUCGACAAAGCUAACACACAAUUAUGUAAUUCAACAUUUCGUCACUGGAACCUACAUACACAAUUACACCCAACAAACAAAUAUGAGCGCAACGGAUAAAAUACUUUACUAGAGUCACCUUCUUGAAACAGUUUGACUCGAAGGAAAGAGUCAGCAGGAUUCAAAGAAAACAGUAAUAAGGGCGUGACGUGAGACGAGCGGUGACGAUCGGUGCACCAUGCGGCGCGGCGUGCGCCUUACCGACAACACACACUUGCACUCUCGCACGCAGACUCACACAAUAUGUGCCAUUCUCUCUAGGUUUAGUGUACGGGUGUAUUGUUCAUUUCCGUUAAACGUUUGGUGAUAGUGUAUACAUUAUGUUUACGAAAUAAUAUACGUAUGUUUUGAUGUACAUAAUAAAGUGUAAAUGUUUAACGCACAAAUAAUAUGAUGAAAAGCUGAUGUAAAGCAGUGUACGAAAACGUAUGUAUUAGCUAUAAAAUGUAUCUGGGAAGUAAAGAUUAGGAAUUAAUGAUCGUAGGAAGUUCCAUGCUCCGUCUGCUGCCGAGAUCUCGUUCGUUUGUCUGCCAUAUCGUGGUUCUCUUGCUGACAUUCCGUUGUCCUCCCGCCGCGCGCUGGGUGGCCGGCGCCGGCGCGGCAACCUUACCUCAAGUCCAUUUCAAUGUAAAUUACUCGAUAAUCAGGAAUUAACUAGUUGUACUGUUCUAUAUUUUAAGUCCCUCACCUUAGGUUGCGCGGCAACUCAGUUGACUGUCACACACACGCACAAAACAAACAGAAGGUUAGGCUUUCGGGGUCGUCCAUCGAUGAUUAAGCGUUUUAAAUGUGUAUUUCGUACAUUAUUGUUCACAAACGUACAGAUAGUAAUAUAAGUAAGCAAAACACCAAAUCGUAGCCUUUACAUACACGACAGUUAUCCGCGACAUAGUAAGUAAUAAACAAAGCAACGUACGGUACGUUCCACUUUGGUUCCAAUCGCUGUGAUAUAUGUACUUGAAUACAUAUACGUGUUAUAUUCACGCAGUACUAAUAGGUACGUAUACAUAGUAUUCAAUGAAGUUCGAUGGAAUGUUUCCGUAAUCGUGAUGAUUAUAUAUUUUGUACGAAUUAUUAUUUUCGAUGACUGCCAGUAGAUGUCACUAUGCUUAGGGGUAUAAAAUGUAAGAUGUAACUCGGCUGUGGUAUUAAAACAUUCUAGCGACAACCAUGCCGGUGAUAGUUCGUUUACUAAACUAAAUGUCUACAAUAGUUCACUAAGUACAGAUUGCUUUCAUGUUAAAAGAUGAUCGUAUUCAUUUUAAUACCACAACUGAACGUUAAGAAACAACGAAUAAGAUUCACGAUUGAUGAUUUUGUUACUCAAAACAUUGAUUUCAUUUUACUUUGUGGUACUUACAAUAAAAUUAUUAUAAACAUUUUUUAGUUUCUGUGUUAUUUAUAAGUUCCAAACGAGAGAAGUUUGUGUACAGUUCUGCUUGAGUUGUAUGAAUUUCUGAUAGUACGAAUCCUCUAUGAAAUAAUGUGGUUGAAGUUAGGUGACGUAAUGAUUGCCUGCUACAAGUAACAAGAUACGAGUACGAUAUGGCCUUCCACAAUUUAGGCAAAAGUUAAGUAAAUUAAGACACAUUUGAAAAUGUAUCAAGUCUUAUGAAGUUAUACCUAGUGUAUCAAUACAUAAUACAUAUAAAUAGAUUUAACAAUUUGUACGUUAUUUUAAACGGAGAGUUUCAUAAGUAAGCGAUUCAAGUUUCAACCCCGAAAGUUUCUCUUUAGAUUUUAAUCGUUGGGUAUAUUAUUUUUAUAAGUUGACCAUGUCCUAUUACUUUACUGUAUAAAUACGUAGAUAAAUCAAAGCCAUUUAAUACGAUAUUAUAAAAUAAUAUAUUUAAUAUAUUAUUCUGAAUGUUGAUGAGGUACACGGGUAGGCAGACAGCAGAUAUAUGUAUGUAAAGUUGGACAAAUAUUCAGUAUUUACUUAGUAAUGCAUCAAAUGCAUUUAAAAUAUAUUGCCACCGCAGGAAACUGAACAGUAAGAUAGUCAGCAUUUGACAGUUAUAAAUAUCAAAGUCUCUACUUUGAUAUAACAGAGCUUAAUUGUUGUUGAUACGUUAUUGAAUACAAAAAUAUAAAUAUGUUGAAGAAUGAUACUGUUUAUUGAAUACUUGCGGAUAUUUCAGUCACACGGACUUUAUCAUCCAUUAAUUAAGCCAUAAUUUGCAAUAUUUGUUAAGGCGUGUGAAUAAUCUCGAGACUACCCGAGCCUCUGACAGCACUUAAGACUCUAGUCUUCAUUAUGAAAUACCAAUAUCUUUGGCAGAGCUCAUGAUCGACAUACACAGAUCCUAGCCGUCGGUUUCAAUUGAGAUUCUUGUCUCACACAUCACACAUCAACAGCCUAUAAUGCCCACUGCUGAGCAAAGCCCCUUCUCACACGGAGAAGGUUUGAGCAUUAAUCACCACGCUUGCGCAAUGCGGGUUGGCGAUUUCUAACUUAUAAUUAGAAAUUACGGAAAAAGUCACAUUGGUACUUACUGUUAGUAGGUUUUGAACCCGCACCCUCAUGCAUGAGAAGCGGGCGUCUUUAACUUCCGGGCCACCACGAUACUAGAUUCUUGUAUACUAUCCCAAAAUUUGAAUGGUAUUUACGGUAAUCCUUCCUCAUUAAAUAUAAUGAUAUUUUGCAUCGUAAAUAAACUUUGUAACAGUUAAAUGUCAAUUGUUAAAGUAAGCGAAUUAUUAUUGCACCCGCACAAUAGGGCAACAUCUUUUUCAAUACGAUUACGAUUUAAUGUUGCGUACCUCAUUAUAGUAUUUAUAUAUAAAUAAAUUAUUAGAAAAUAUUAUAUGGACAGUUGCCACAGAUUCUGCGUGCUCGUGUACUCGCGAAGAUUGUCUGUAUUUGAUACAGAUGUAGGAACAUUGAGGUACCGAAUAUAUGAAAGUAACAACGCAAGUGGCUGCGAUCUAUCUACUUAUUUGUUUGUUUCUCUGUUCAUAAUUAGUAUAUAUAUAAUGAAUGUCAUUAGUGUUAUUUCCAUUAAAGUAAAUGUUUUGUGUUACGUUGGCUCUAGGUGAGACUUGUAGCCGUUCAUUGACUGUAUGUAUUGUGUUCGGUUCCACUUUGAGUACACUCCUUGUACAUUUUGUACUGUUUUCACUGAACGUGUGAUUGCGUGUUCGUAUUUAGUUCUAAACUGUACAGACUCACAUCGGUCUCAUUUAUUCCUGAUGAGUUCUAGAUCAUAUAAAUAUAUGUAUGAUUAUGAGGACUUUAAAGCACACUUGAUAUACUGAAAUUGAAUGUUUAUGUUUAAUACAUAUAUUGUUUUUUUUAUAAAAUAUGUAGUUAGGAUUGCACUGUUGAUGAAAAGUACAUUAAAAUAAUUGUCGAUCUGUCAUCAGGACUGCUUAAACAUAAUUUUAAUCUCUAUAAAUAAUAUCAUUAAAAUGCCUAAUUCAUAGUGAGAGAGGUAGCGUAGAAUAAAAUCUUAACUCAUAAUGAUAACAAGGAUAAGCACUUGAGGGCGGUCGCGGCGCGCAGCGCGGGCGCGGGCGGGUCGCGGCGCCCACUCACUGCCAGCACGCGGGCUCCGAUAUAUUGAUAUGAUCUAGGAUGUGUUUGUAGGUGUUUCUCGAGUAGUGAUCGUGUAAUAAGUCUUAUGUUACGCCUUCUAAAUGAUUAUAAACUGUUAGUGUGCGACGAGGGCUCGCGGGUGGCGGCGGCCGCCACUCCCGCCCGCUACGCCGCCUACGCCAUAGCUACGGAGCGGCGUAGGCGCGGCGUAGCGGGUGCGUAGUCCGUCGCGGGCCGCGCCACCGUCGCAUGUAGACAUCGUUCGACACUCGAAGUAAGAUUAAUCACGUUCGAAUAAUCGUAGACAGAUUUUGAAAUUUAAUAUUAUUUGCAUUUUCCUAAGAGUUAGAACGAUUGAGACAGUAGGUCGCACGACCGUGUUAUGAUGAAUUGUGAAAUGUUUAUUAAAAAAAUGCGUUUAUGAAAAUGGAAUAAAAACGAAAAAUAUUGUCAUAUUUAAAACUGUAAUUAAUAACUUAAGAAGAAUUAUUGGGAAAACAGAAAAACGUUAAAUAAACCGAUUAAAAAUACAAA